UAGCUCCAACUCUCUGCAAUAUUUUGGUCGGAGCGAACGCGGUGACGGAACACCGAGCUCGUGGCGUCCCUCUUCGUCCGUUUCUUGCGCUCAGCUUGUUGAUUCGGUUUCCUCUUCUGUCUCUCUGUCUCCCUCUUUCCUUUCCUUUCCUUCAGUGGAUCGGAGGCGGCGGGGGGGGGGGGACUUCGAGAUGGAUCUGAAUCGGAAAAUCCCACUGCAGGCGGUUCUUUUUGCAGCCUUUGUUGGAUGGGCAGCUGCUUCGAGCUUCAUCUCAGGUGAUGCAUUCGUGUCGCAUGGAUCUGGCGGCCGGAGCUUGCUACAGGCGAAGACGAGUUGCCCUGUGAACUUUGAAUUUAUGAACUACACAAUCAUCACAAGCAAGUGCAAGGGCCCCCAGUACCCUGCCAAAUUCUGCUGUGAAGCUCUCAAGGAAUUUGCAUGUCCAUAUGCUGAGGAAUUGAAUGAUUUGACGAAUGAUUGUGCAUCAACCAUGUUCAGUUACAUUAACCUCUAUGGGAGGUACCCUCCAGGUCUGUUUGCCAGUGAGUGCCGAGAAGGCAAGGAAGGGCUUAGCUGUCCUGCUAAUGCCCCACAGUCAGAGAAUGUCUCAAGGUCACAGAAUGAUUCGAGUUCCGGCCACAUACAUACGAGCCUCAUUUCCAUACUCUUCCUUGUGUGCGGAAUAGCUCUACAAUUUCUGUUUUCUUAAAGGUGGAAGGUGUACAUUUCUGAAACCUGCAUGAUCACAAUCUCUUGCUGUAACCUAUUUUCCUAUGUGUUCAGGUGAGUUAAUUUGGUCAACUUGUGAGGAACUUAGAUUCAUAGUUAUGGACUUUUGUAUCCUUAUUCUGAACCUUAGUAUGGGUUGAGUUUUCCAUUUCCAACAGGGGUACUCAAGGUUGUAACUCCCAUCUAUUGUUUAACUGUUGCAUUGAUGAUUGUGCAAUCCAUGUUUAUUCAACUCUUUAAAGUUCAA